AUGUCACUCUUGAACCAGCUCUUCAAUCGAGGCGUUUUUGGUUCCAAAUGUAAAACAUGCCUGACCUUGGCUCUCUCACGCAUGAAGUUGCUUCAGAACAAGAGGGAGUUGAAUCUAAAACAGAUGCGCAAGGAGAUAGCACAAUUCUUGCUGGCCGGCCAAGAAGCAAUUGCCCGAAUCCGUGUGGAGCAUGUGAUACGGGAACAAAACAUAUGGGCUGCUUUCGAGAUACUAGAGCUCUUCUGUGAGUUUGUUCUCGCCCGCAUUCCAAUUAUUGACGCUCAGAAGGAAUGUCCUGCUGAGGUGCGAGAGGCUGUUGCAAGCAUAAUAUUUGCCUCUCCAAGAUGUUCAGAAGUUCCUGAUCUACUGCAGAUCAAGAAUUUGUUUACUGCUAAAUAUGGCAAGGAGUUUGUCAUGGCUGCUUCGGAGCUCCGACCUGACUCUGGUGUCAACCGCGCAAUCAUAGAAAAACUAUCAAUUGGUACACCAUCUCCGGAAGAAAGGCUCAAGGUGUUGAAGGAAAUUGCAAAAGAGUACCAUCUGGAAUGGGACUCUUCUGAAACAGAGGCUGAGCUCAAUAAACGGCAUGAGGAUCUUCUGGCUGGAGCUAAGCAAGCUCUACCAGAGGGUUCCCAUUCUCAAGUUGCCAGCAUUCAGAGUUGUCCCAAGUCUCAUACCAAUCAGACAUCCAUGGACAGCAGACAAGAAUAUGUGCAGUUUCAAGCUUCAAGUCCCACUAUGGCAUCAUGUAAGAAGCCCCUAGCGAAGACUGAUGAAGUCAACCACCCACCACCAAUCAGGAAUUACAAUGCAGAAAAAUUCUCUGAUGGUAGAAAGGGGACGAAAGCACAACCAUCUGAUGUCUUGGAGGUUGCUCGAGCUGCUAUUGCAUCUGCAGAACGAGCCACUGCAGCUGCACAUGCGGCUGCUGCGCUUGUGAGUGUCAAUUUUGGUUCUCUGAAUCUUCAAGAAAGCAAGCUUUCUUGA